AAGCAAUCAUGUCUCCUUCUCUCUGGCUGCAUUCUUGCAGCCAUUGAGAACUACUGUGUGAGCCGUGAUUGGUCACAGCUUGUCACAUGGUACAAGGCUGUUGUGAAUAGCCUUGUACCAUGUGACCUCUGUGAUCAUUCACAGAUUUCACAUGUAGUAAACAAUGAUGUCAGAAGCGACAUCUUGCUUACUACUCUGCAUGUGAUCACUGACUGGCUAGUCAGUGAUCACAUGAUCAGGACCUCGCACAGAGGUCCCUUACAACGGCUCCCAGGGAGCGCGCACAGUCCAGAAUGGUGGGCAGCAUUUAUG